AAUCAAAUAAUAAACAUGAAGUUCGCAGUGGUCGUAGUCUUGUUGGCUGUAGCCCUUGGAAUUGAAGCAUCCGCAGUUGCGUGGGGACCAUGGGGACAUGGUGUUUAUGCUCCAGCACAUGCAGCAGCUGGAACCUGGGAUGGACGUUCAUGGAACUCCCAAUGGGAUAAUGGUCAUUGGGCUGGUGAAGGUGCUUGGGAUGAUGGUCAAUGGCAUGAAGGUGCUUGGGGUGAUCAUGGAGCUUGGGCCGGUCAUGCUGCAUGGGCUGCUCCAGCUGCUGUUACUGCUCAUGCCGCUGUUGUCCCAGCUGUUCACGGAGCAUGGGGUCAUGAAGGUAGCUAUGUAGCUAAGACCCGUGGUGCUGUUCAUGUUGCUCCUUUGGCUGGACAUGCUCACUCUGCUGCUGCCAUCAAUGUUCAUCCAGCCCCAGGAACCGUAUAAAAACACAACUGUCAAUUGUAACCAAACUGCCUCAUCGAUUCAUUGUAAAUAAAAGGAUACUUUUUAUUUAUUGAGAA